GAACUGCACUAGCCUGGUGGUAAUUGUGAUACAGGUGAAGCUACCAUUGUGUUCUUUUGCAGGUGAAUUUGGACAGGUGUACAAAGGCUAUAUGAAGACAAAGUACAAAACAGAUGUGGUGGCUGUUAAGACUUUGAGAGGUACUCUUUGCAAACAUGAGUUAGCAAUAAGGCAAAACAUUUUUUGUGUUGUUUGUCUGUUCCGCAGCUCUGAGUUCAGCGUGUGAGGUGAAACUGCUCAUGAAAGAGAUAGUGAAAAUGGUCAACUUUGACCACCCCAAUGUGAUGACCCUGACUGGAGUCAUCCUAGUGGAGGGUGGAGCUCCUCUCCUUGUCAUGCCCUACAUGGUGAAGGGAACUCUCCUCACAUACGUCCGUGAGAACAAGGACCAGUUCUUUGUGGAAGAUGAAUCUGAAAACUUACAUCAGGUAGGUAUCACCUUAUUGGUAUCAAUUAUACACUAUUGAUCUGUUUUUUGCAAGCCACAAACCCAGUUUAGAGCAUUGAAUGAUGAUAUGUUUGCUUGGUUACUUGACAGGUGGAUGAGACUUCAAAAACUCUCACUGAAUUCUCGCGACAAAUUGCACUUGGAAUGCAAUACCUGGCAAAGAACAAGGUUGUACAUCGUGAUCUGGCAGCAAGGAACUGUCUGCUGGACAUGUGUGGGACUGUCAAAGUGGCUGACUUUGGUCUGUCAGAGGACAUGUAUUCCACCAACUACUUUCGUCAGGGAAAAAGCAGUGUUGAUGCAGUUGAGACAAAAGUACCCAUCAGGUGGAUGCCUCUUGAGAGCAUUGAGGAGGGCCUUUAUAACGAGAAAAGUGAUGUGUGGUCGUAUGGAGUGACAGUGUGGGAGAUAUUCACAUGUGGGAAGGUUCCCUACCAUGGCAUCAGCUGCAUGGCUCUCCCUCGUCUCCUCCGUGCUGGAGAACACCUCGAGAAAGCCCUACAACACCGCCUGCUCCGAUGACAUGUACUUGCUGUUGUUGAGUUGUUGGAAUGCUGUUCCACAGCAAAGACCAAGAUUCUGUGAAAUUGUGAGCAAGAUUGACGUGAUGAUGGAGGAGAAGUUUGGGUAUCUCAGAAUGAACACUAACUGCAGCUAAAUGCUCUUCUUGGACAAUAGUGGUAGAAUACAUGCCUUCCACCCCGUUCCUUGACAGUGUUGUACCUUAAUAUGACCAAUCUGCCUUAGAUAGGUAUAUAUAGCUAGAGUAAUUUUGUAUAAUGGUGUGUGCCUAAAUAUCUGAAACCUAUAGCUACAUUAGCAAUUGUCAUGAUCAGUAUGCAAUGCUGUUUUGU